UGUGUAAGCAUCAACUGUACUGGAACUACAGUAGGAGCAAGAAACAGGAAGAAACCAGUUGGUAAAACACAAUCAUAGGCUGGCAGGAAUUCCGUGACUAUUUGUCACUCCUUCCAAAGAGGAGAAAAAAAGUUGGUGGCAGAUAUUCAGUGCCAUCAAGAACCCAGAAGAGUGAUCAAAUAUCUUUUUCUCCAUGCCAGGAUACUCAGAGUUUUACUUCAAUGUGGACCAUGGCUACUUGGAGGGUCUGGUCCGAGGGUUCAAAGCUGGGAUCUUGACAAGUGCGGACUAUGUCAAUCUAGCACAGUGUGAGACACUAGAAGAUCUGAAGUUACAUCUACAGACUACAGACUAUGGCAACUUCUUGGCUAAUGAAACUGGCCCUCUCACUAUUUCCACCAUUGAUGAUAAACUGAAAGCAAAACUACUCACAGAAUUUCAUUACUUUAGAAACCAUGCUUUUGAACCACUUGCCACUUUUCUGAAUUUUGUCACAUACAGCUAUAUGAUUGACAAUGUAAUUCUUUUAAUAACUGGCACAUUACAUGAACGACCCAUAGCUGAACUUGUUCCCAAGUGCCAUCCAUUGGGAAGCUUUGAGCAAAUGGAAGCAGUCAGCAUUGCCUCAAAUCCCACUGAGCUCUUCAAUGCAAUUUUGGUUGACACACCAUUAGCUGCUUUCUUUCAAGACUGCCUGUCUGAAAAUGACCUGGAUGAAAUGAACAUUGAAAUAAUGCGCAACAAACUGUAUAAGUCUUACCUUGAGGCAUUUUAUAAGUUUUGUGAAAAACAAGGUGGUACUACAGCAGAAAUAAUGAGACCUAUUCUUGAGUUUGAGGCAGACAGACGAGCCUUUAUCAUCACCAUUAAUUCAUUUGGCACUGAACUGAGUAAAGAUGACCGAGAGAAGCUGUAUCCAACCUGUGGAAAACUUUAUCCAGAAGGCUUACACCUGUUGGCCAAUGCAGAUGACUACGAGCAAGUGAAGUGUGUUGCAGAAUACUAUGCAGAAUACAAGGCUGUGUUUGAAGGUGUAGGGAGUGGCACUGGAGAAAAGACACUGGAAGAUGCAUUUUUUGAACAUGAGGUAAAGCUGAAUGUGCUUGCAUUCAACAACCAGUUUCACUUUGGAGUAUUUUAUGCCUAUGUGAAGUUAAAGGAACAAGAAUGCAGGAAUAUUGUAUGGAUUGCUGAAUGCAUUUCUCAGAGACACAGAACCAAAAUUAACAACUACAUUCCAAUUUUCUAAAUCUGAGAAUCUAUAAUGCUUGAAAAGAUGCAUAUCAUUUCAUAGAAAAGAAGAAAAAUCUUAUUUCAAAAAUUAACUCUUAUCAGAUAUUUUUAGUUGUAUUAAUGAGCCUCCUUACAUACAUCAGUAUAGGAAAAAAAGUAAUGCAAUUAGAGAUACGGGUACUUCAUAAGGAAACACUAAUGUAUUUACUCCCAGUUUUGUUGGUAGAUUUGUUCCCCACUGUGCCUAUUUUAAUUUAAUUGAUCAAUAAAAACCUCCUGCAAGGUCUUACAUAUA